UCUCACCGGUCGGGUCGCCAUUGCCUCGGUACUCGAGCGAGGAUCCUCGUGGUUCUAAACGAUCGCAUAUCUAUCGCCAAGAAAAAAAAGUUAUCUGCAAUAUAGUCGGCGUGUCGUUCAUAAAAAACUGCGUGGCUACAACAUCGUUAUCGAAAGUGGUCAAGUUCGACAUCAAUCAAGCCGUAUCGGUUAAUAUGACCGCUUGACAGCCAUCACAAAGUGAUAAUCAGAUAAUCGUGCGUAUGUUGAUGAUAUUUGCAAUUAGAUUUGGAUUGAACAUUCGCUUGAAUCGGAAGUGAUGACACAGUACCGAUGUUUAGUUUUUUAGGUUAGGAAAAAAAGUCAAUCAGUAUGAAGAAAAAAAUAAUCCGACAAUUUUAGCCGACUAAUCUGGACGUGUUCUUAUAUUUGUGUAGUUACUCUAUUUAUAUAUCAAACACACUGAUCCCGCGAUUUUUUUAAACAGUGAGUGGAAAAUAAGUUAAGUUUUUGCGAUUGAACUCGCUUCUGAAUAUCCUAAUUUAUUGACGCCUUACAACUCGGUUGAAGGUUACCACAGCAAGGGGACGCUGUUAUCACUCAGCAAUUGCUACGCGUAUUAUGUUCUCGUGAGCGCUUUUACCAUAGCGUCAGGUGUUUAUUAGAUCAAACCUAUCAGAAGGAAAAAAAAUCGCUAUCGGUUGAAAUUGUGCUGCAAUUGGUAGUGCGAGAGGACAUCUAGUACCGGAAAGCAUUUGUGAUUGCUAUGUAGUGGCAAAGUAUAUUGGACUAGUUUUUACAGAGAGUGAAAUAAGUGAUGAACUUCAGCAUUGACCAAAACAGUUACCAGCUUGCAUGGAAGUAAAUAUGGUACAUAACAAUGGUACCAAUGGAGGCAACAGUGGUAGCGGUAGUAAAAGUUAUAAAAAGAAUUCUGUUACUUUCAGUGAACAGAUUGACAUCGACUCGAACGUCAGUGCAGGCCAUAACCACCUAUCAGUACCGCGGGUGGAUGAUGAUUCUAAUCUAAUAGCGCAAUCAAAAACCGCGUCUAUCGCCACGAUGCCCGUCAAGUAUUCCCAUCAUGGAUCGGCCACAAUCCUCGAUCAGAUUCCAGAGGACGAACAACCUUCGAAGAAACCAAGCAGCAUGACCCACGCCAAUGGUGCGACUUCUCGAAGAUCCUCGGUAGCUGUACAGGACAUUCUGUCGACGAGAAGGCCUUCGACUAUUAUGACCGCACUGCGUCGGGGGUCCUUGGCGUGGCUUCCAGGAAGAAACAAAAAUGUACACCACGAUACAGAAUCUAACAUGGGCAGCAAGGGAUCACUAAGUCAAAUUCCAUCCGGGCAUGGUGCCCUCUCUGAUAUGGCAAUAGAGUCUCGAAGAAAGAAUCGCCGAAUAGGAGAUGAUGCCCUGAGCACAGCUUUAUCCGCCUUGUACGCCAAGAUCAUCGUAAUAUUAGGCAUUUCUCUACCAGUGACAGAGAUUUUAUCUUCGCAAAUACCUGCGAAUGUCUAUCAAGGAUUCUAUCUAUAUCUCUACGUAACAAGCAUCGCAUUUGUUAUCUUUGUUUAUGCGUCCAACAUGCGGCGUAGAGCAGUGAUGACACUAAUCAAAACUUAUCAUGAGAAAACCAACAACUAUCCAAUUAAGAAACGAGUUCCACACUUUGGCAGCUUCUACCUGCGGGUUGGAGCAAUAGCUUUCGGCAUCGGCACUAUGGUCUAUUCAGGACUAGAACUAGGUCAGUACUUCGAAUUGCACGCAUCGCCGGGGUGUUCCAGCGUGUUUAUAGCCCUAACACCAGCAGCUCGAAUGAUUUUGUCGAUCGUACAGAUGCAGUUUAUUUUCCUGAACACUUCCGAGCUGGACAUGGCCCGGCACAAAGUGUUCGCUCGUUUUGGUCUGAUGCACAUGGUGGCCACGAAUCUCUGCGAAUGGCUGUACGUACUGGUCGAAGAAACAAAACAUGAAAUUCACCAUCUGGCCGAUCUACACAGUCACAGUCAAAUCGCAUCUACAGUGGCUGAAUUCACUACAACUUCUGUUAACAUUCAAGCAUCGAACGAAACUAACGCAGUUUGGUCCAACCAAAAUCACUCCUUGGUGAAACGCGCCUCGAAGGAUCUCUCCGAGUACAUCGACUGCAAGCGUACCAACAUUAUGGGCUCACUGGUACAGAAUGCGUCUCCAUUUUUGUUCCCGUGCACCAUCGAGUAUUCGCUGAUCUGUGCGGUCAUUCUGUACGAAAUGUGGAAAAAGGUCAAAAAUAUCAUAGAGAUUGACCGUACCAGGCGCAACUCACACAAAUUGCAAAACAAUCAGAAUGUCAAAAGUGCUCACCACUUUUCCGUGGACUGCUCGCGAGCUCAUCGGGGUAUGUUCGGGGGCAUCAUCAUAACCGUUCUAACGAUCAUCUGCCUGAUCAUGUACUUUGUACUGCACAAUGAGCCCGGGUACGAGUAUUUCGCGCUGCAGGAAAUCACGAUCGCCGAAACCCUGCUCUAUUCGGUCACCGCAGCUGGAGUAAUAGCUGCAAUGAUCAAAAUGCGAGAUUUAAAGUACUGCAAAAAGCAAAACGAUCCUCAUGCUGGUUCAGUCAGCUUAGAUUGCACCUUGCUUGUGCUGGCCCAAACGGGAGUUUACGUGUAUGGAAUGUUCAGCAUCGUGGGCAGUUAUUUCUCCCUGCAGCAAAACGUCAUUGGAGCUCGUGAAGGCUUGAUCGCGGAAAUAUUCAGUUUGGUACAAACAUCAAUGCAAACCCUAUUCAUUCUAAACGCUGUUUGGCGAAAGUGUCGCGGGGCUCAGCAAAACCGUGCCAAACCAGGACGGCAAAUCGUGACCUUCCUGCUAGUAGCGAACAUGGCGAUGUGGUUCAUCAACACUCUAAUCAAGGGUAGGGCCAGCUUCCGGACAUCACAUCUGAGUUUCUUCGGAACCUGGGCCUGGACGGUGAUUACCCACGUCUCGAUGCCGUUGGCCAUCUUUUAUCGUUUUCAUUCGACAAUUUGCCUCUUCGAGGUGUGGAAAUCAACGUACAAGGUGAAGAGUGGAGAUCAUCACUAGGGAGUUCCUGAGAACCUGUCGUAUUGGAGUGUGUACUUAUGUUGAGGCAGACAAUCAAAAGAGAACCUCUUCCGAUAGAGGGCAUGUACAAAACAGUAUAUUGUCAGUAAUUUAUUUUCACAGUAUUAAGCAACCAGUGAUGACUGUA